CACGGAUAAAUCUCAUCCUCAGAACGUCCCCAGUUCAAAUAUACCGAGUUGUACCACACUCAAAUACUAAUCACUGAAGAUGAACCUUAUGACCAUCUUCAUUCAGGAACCGACCUCUGACAUAAAUGCGGUCCACAUUCACAAAUCCAACGUCUCCUUGGUAACCAAAAGUCACAAGGACAGCCGUAUCCUCUUGUUAUUCGUGCACAGUACGUUCAACGGCAAUAUCUACAGGAUAAACGAUUUAUUAUAAUAGGAUCAAGUCAAUUGACAAUCCGUCAUAAACUAUAUAAGCAGACAUAGAAUGAUGAAUUGAUCUCGG